AUGUUCAAUGCAUUUCAUCUGAACAAGAGAAGUGUCGAUGCAGGCUCUAUAGCUGGUUCAUCAUUUUGGGCUGCCGAAGACGGAAUUGAUGGUGAUUCUUAUCUAGCUUUGACCCAUCGCCAGUCAUUUGAAGAUGAUAACGGAGAGCCCCAGGUCUGUGAGAUGAUACUGUCAUACUCUUUCCAAACUAAACUCACUUGCGGAUACCUCAGGGGGUCACCAAAGUCCAAUUUAUCAGAAGUAGUCGCCCAGAUAAGAGCUUUACCACAGCAGAUGCUCCAUCCCAUCUCGCUUCCGGUUCUUUUAACAUCUUAUCAAUUGACUCCGCAUAGGACACAAUCUUACUAUGACGCCCGUGCGCGCCUCGAGCAACUUGAACACCACGUUGCUCAGUGUCAGGAAGCAGGCUCUAGUAGCGAAGUGAUGCUGCUUUCCAUGCCAUUUGACAUAGAUGCUCUAGUUCGGGAGAUGGCCGAAUGCUACAGUGACACAAGGUCAAAUACUACAAAGGAUUACGGGGUGGUCCUGGAGGGGAUUGAAGAAGCACUGGAUACAUUCUGGGACAUGUGUUCGGUGUUUGAUGUUAACGAGACGACCGAUCAAGAGGAUUCAAGUCGCGAAGCGAUUGAAAAAAUCCACAGAAAGCUUGUCUCAACUGUGCAUUUUUUCGCCAUGAAGUUGGAAGGGCUGGAAAGCUUCGUCGCUGAUACUCAAAGCAGGCUGAAGAUUCAGCGAAAGAUGAUCAAGACGAUUAUCUCCCAGAGAAAUACGAAGUUGGUUGAUAAUCUUGCUGCAGAACGACGCAAUGGAGGCUUCAUCGAUCAGAACUGGAACAAAACUCCGGUGACAAAAUUACCGGCAGUGUUCGGGUCUGGCUAUAUGUUCGUAUUUGUUGGUGUUCUCUCUUUUGCUUUCUUGGCUAUUAAAUUAGUUAAUCUCUUGUUCAAUUGGCUCCUAUCCGUGCCUCUUAGGCUUAAGAGUGAAGGAGACCUUGAGGGGCAAUAUGAGGGCCCCAGCAUGCGGCCAGUGGACAUCAUUGUAUAUAUUUUGGCUCUCGUCCCAAUGGCGGUUUUCGUCUCUCUUCUAUAUAAAUCUGGGAGGAAAAAGGGAGCUACGAUCAAGGAAUGGGGCAUGGAGGAGUCGCAAGACGGAAGCAAAAAAGGGUCUCUCCCUAUCAACGGCGAGUUACAGAAAUAA